CCUUCGAACUUCCGGCCUUGAGGGGCAGCGAUCCGCGACAGGUGGCUGCCGCGGGGGAAUCAUAUUCGUUUGAUAGCCGAAUACGCGGUGUAUAGGGCACGAAGAAGGACCCCCCUUGAGUGAUUUUCAGUUUAGUAUGAAACGACUCGCCGGGCUUGUACGGGGAUGUGAGGCCGAAUGGACGUUAGAAAUUUCGGCGGGAAAAUCGCGGGUUACGUGAUAUGAUGAAGUAAAUGCAAAAUUUGGUGUGUGUGGUGUCAGUCGAGGGUCGAGAUGUGGAUUUUAGUCGCAGUUUUACUGGUGGGAAUCGCGGAUUGUGGUCGGGCCAUCCAGAGAUACGCCGGUACGAAAACGAGGGACAUGUACGCCCACGUGGGCACUAUUGCCGAACUUCCUUGCCGAGUGGACAGGAAGCAGUGCGGCAACCUGCACAGCGUCAAAUGGUACAAGGACACGUCCAGGAUCUACGUGCUGAGUCACGCGGGGAGCAUAAAACGGCCCGAAGGGGAUGCGAAAGAAAGGAUGCAGGUGGAGUACCCAUCGUCCGGUGGCGAAGCGGUUUUGAAAAUAUCGGACGUCCGGGUCGAAGACGAGGCGAUUUACAAAUGCGAGAUCACAUACUUGGAAGUCAGGGAGAGCUGCGACGUGGUCCAGAUUGUUAACCUCACCACUUUGAUUAAACCUGAAGUGGUACGAAUAAUCGGCGUCGACGGGGCGUCGAUGGCCAACGCUUCCAUUUUGGGGCCCAAGAAUUUGGGCGACGAGGUAGAUUUGGUGUGCGAAGCGGGCAUCGGUAAACCAAUACCCAGAAUAAGCUGGUACAACGGCAGCACGCUGAUAAAUCGAGCGCAAUACACGGCCAACGCAAUGGGCGACGGAGUAGGCACAGGUCGAUCCAAACUGCAGCUUACCCUCGGCAGGGGCGACUUAAACGCCCGAUUCGAGUGUAGGGUGGAGAGCGAGGCACUUGACGAGCCUAUAAUUUCUUGGAUCACCGCAGACGUCCACGUGCCUCCGACGAAGAUGGAGCUGUCGGGGGUGAAAAACCACGUAGUUCAAGGUACGAAUGUCUUGCUCAUUUGUGACGUCCACGGAGCAAAGCCCGCCGCCACGGUACGAUGGACAAACGGAUCGGUACCGAUUACCGAUCAGUCUUUAGUUCAGAGCAGCCCUGAGGAUAACUCUCAGAUAACGACGAAAGUUAUUUACGAUGAAAGGGACGGUACUUACACAACCAAAAGUCAGUUGGUGUUCCAAGCGAGUCACUGGGAGAACGGCAUCAAGAUCCACUGCUACGCCGAGAACGAAGUCAUCAAGAAGCGACACGAACCUGAAAUGCAUAGGCUGCUGAUACUGGAAGUCAGAUACCCGCCCGUUAUUUCGGUACGACCGAAGAACAUAACCGUGACAGAGUCGACAGAAAACUCUCGUAACGGUAACGGCACUUUGCUCAUAUGCAGCUACAAGGCGAAUCCCCAAGAACUGAAGGGGGCGUUAUGGUCCAAGGACGGUAAAAACCUCACACUCUCCGAUUCGUCCAAGUACCAAGGCGGGACGAUCGAGAACCCGCCUUUAAUCAUAUACAACGUCACCAGAGAGGACAUGGGCGACUACAGCUGCUGGCUCAAAAACGAGGUCGGGUCUGACCAAUCCGAAGACAGCAUUUUCCUUAACGUUCAAUAUCCUCCGGAUGUUGAGAUCCUCAUGGACCCGCCCGCCCCGGUCAAAGCUCAGGACAAGAUCAACGUCCUGCUCGAGUGUAACGUUACGUCCGGCAAUCCAUCGACCUUAUUAAAAGUCAGAUGGUUUUUGGACGGCGAACUGAUGAAGGAAUUUCCAGAGUGCAAUUACACCGCCAAAGACGAAUCCGGUGGGCCUUUCUGCGGCCUCGACCCCAGCAUUUUGAGCUUGGAACGCGUCGACGAGUCAUUCGCCGGCAACUAUACGUGCCAAGGUGAAAACACUGCCGGUUGGGGUCCGUUGUCUGAGCCCGUAGAGUUGAUUGUCUACUAUCCGCCGAGUCCAGCCCGAUUAAUCUCUACGCCAAAAGAUAAAGUGGUCAAGGGCGGUAUGGUCACUUUGGAAUGCAAAGUAAACUCCUACGGACGACCGGACAACGUGACCUACAAGUGGUACAGGGGAUCCCACCAACUGACCGAGGUAAACAGUUCCGUCUACAAAAUUUCGCCGGUGGGACUCGAGACGCGCAGCAAUUUCACCUGCAUUGCCGUCAACGAUGGUGGCGAGAGCGAGCCGGCAACCAAGUUCAUCAAUGUCACCGCUCCGCCAGCCCUUUUCGACCGGCUCAAACCCUACCAAGGUAUACUUUACUCGUCGCAGCACAUCAACCUGACUUGUCGGGUGGAAUGCUUCCCCUUGUGCAACAUCGUUUGGAGAAAGGACGGGAGGAUCAUCAACGCGGCCAACGAUCCCCUUUACGACAACCGGAUCAUCAUACAUCCACCAGAUCGCCAGAAGAACUUUUUCGAGUCCAUUGAAUCGACUUUGAUAUGGAACAUGACGGCGUGGCCGGGCGGAAAGUUGAACAAAACCGCCCCCAAUGCGAACUACAGCUGCCAAAGCGAGUCGAACGACAGCGGACCGGGGGUCGAAUCCAUGAUCGAAAUCGCCGUCGACUAUCCCCCCGAGGACGUGAAGGUGUCGUCCACGGUAGUGAACGUCAUCGAGGGACAAGCACCGAGUCCUGUGAAGUGCCACGGCAAAGGUCUGCCCACUCUGGAGUACAAGUGGAAGAAAAACACCACCUCCGAACCGAUCGAAACCAGUGACGUCCUUCGACUGGGCUCUAUGGAUAGGAAAGAGUCGGGCAGCUACAUCUGCGAAGCAUUCAAUAAACACGGGCUGCAGCAAGCGAUCGUCUAUUUCAACGUCAAAUACGCUCCGGAAUGUACUAUAACGCGCACGGACAGGGGUGGAAACCCCGCGCUGUUGUGCACGGUGGUGGCCAAUCCGCAACAGGUGGUGUUUACCUGGAAAGCGAAGGAAGGCAACGAGACCUACGUGGUAAACUCGAACAUCGAGACCGACGGACUAAAGAGCUUCCUCGUGCUGGAUUCGUCGGUGGAUACCAGGAGAACGUACCAGUGCUUCGCCAACAAUUCGGUGGGGUUCAGCGACAAGCAGCCGUGCGAGAUGUCUGUGGACGGAAUCUUGCCGUGGUGGAAACGUUUGAACCACGAGAAUUUGAUCAUCAUCAUCGCGUCGAUCGUGGCGAUCAUAAUAUGCGUGAUCAUAAUAUGCAUAGUGAUCAUAGUGUUGUGCAGGAGGAAACGGGCGAACACCAAAUACAAUAACCCGCUGGAGAUGGAGGAAAGGGAGAACCCGGAUCAAGACUCGUCGCCGUUGGACGGAUCGAAAUGGCCGCUGAAACCCGGCCUACUGGUACAGGUGAACAAAAUGAACAACGUCAGUAUCAGUAGAUUGAGCCCUCCGAGUUCGAGCCCGCGUAAUACGACGAAGACCAGCGCCUACUUGAGGUUGCGCAGAAACAAAAGUAAGGUUUACGCGCGAAUAAAAAGGCUCCGCGCAGUCUUAGGACUGGGAGGGGAUGAAGCAGCCACUUUGGGCAUCAAGGCGGGCGCAGGAGGAGUUGUGACGUUUAAAAAGAUGGCGACAUCGCCACCGAGCGCCAGGUCCGCCACCGUCAACCCACGAAAACGGAAAAAACCGGGAGAUGCGCCGCCUCUAAACCAAUCUUCUACCGGAGAUAAAAUAAGGACGGGGGUCGCGGCACCGGUUGGAAAUAUGCAGGACCACCCCCACGCGGCCCACGACCCCAACGACAAAGGCUUCUAUGAGAACCUCCCCUUCCACGGCAUGCAGAACCCCCCCAACAAGCCCAUUUCCGUUAUCGCGCCGUUUCAACAAUGUGCAAAGCGUGCCGUCCAAACCGACCAAAAACCUCCACCGAAGAUGCCGGACUUGGAGCCGCUGAGGAUCAGAAGGAACCAAUCUUUCCACGGGUUUCAAACCAAUCCCGGAUACUACACCCCACGAUUUCUACAUCCAUUUAACCUUCCUCUAGCGAGAAACCUCAGCAACCCGUUCAUCAACUCGCCACCCUUCAAUUAUCCCCGCUACCACGCGUACUGGCCUCCCACUCCAUCCCGACCGUCUAUUAUUCGUCCCUCCAACUUUAGGGUUUCUCCUCCUAUGAGAACGCAAGAACCGGCGAUAAGGACAGACGAAGCGAAAGCGCUACCGAAAACCAAAAGGGUUAACUUGUCCGAACGAAAAUUCGGCUCGCUCAAAACGGAAAAGCACAAAUGCUAUUCGCCCACCUUUUACUCGAUGAGGUGCAAAAAACACGCCAAAAAGCGACCGAUCGUUUACGCGUUGCCAAAAAAAUGCCUGAGCCCGCUAUCGAAGAGUACAGCGAAGGAUUUUCAAAAUCUGACGGACAGUAUACAGAUUUUGGAGGAGGCUACGCCGAAACCGGCCCCCAGGUGCAGGAAGCACCGGAAACCGGAGAUUAUAUACGCGAACAUUUGCAAUUCGCUGCAGGGGAACGUUCCCUCGGGAAACUCGCCUGACAGUUCCAACGGUAGCGAGGAAGGCGGUACCGUAUCCGUAACGGAAGCUCAGAUCCAUGUCAGUACCGUGGAAGUGGUAGAAUCGAAUGAAAGAACCGCGGAAACGGAUCGAGCGAAAAAGGUAGUACCAACCAUUGCGGCGCAGGCUAUAAAGAACUCGCCCGUACUAAAAGUAAGUCCGAAUUUCAUUAAGCCGAAAGUGGAGAGCCCCAAAGGGGCACUAUCGCUUCAAAUCUUGGCGAAGAGAAAAGCCUCUCCGGUGCAAGCGGCGGAUAAGUCGCAAAAAGACGAGAAUAAAGAAAACGAAACCGGUACAGUGGCUAACGAUAGAAAUCCUGUGGCACAGCACGCUUUUUACACGCUAACAGCCAGCCAUUGCAAGAAACCCGCGUGCCCGCCCCAAUACUCGGCCACGAUUCCCCACCAAAAACAUACGAAACUGAUCCCGAAGGCCCUGUUCCAAGACCAGCUGGCCAAAAGCAAAUCGUUCUCGAGCAAAUCGUCGAAGCAAAAAAGACACUUUCAAAUCCCGCUGCAGAAGUGCCACAGUUUCAAGUUCCAAACGGCGGAAAGCUACUUCCAGCCGAUAAAAAAUAUCCACGAGGAGAACCUCAUGCGUAACGGGUACCUCAGAGAUUACCCGAGCAGUACCAGCCUCGCUAGUCAACGGAGCACGUGUUCGCGACGUAAACGCGAGAGACCGAAACAAAAGACCAAAGGUCCGCUAGUACUGAUGCGACCGAACGAUUACCAAGAGAACGUCGAGUUCCAGGAGAAGGUACAGAGCUCGGUACUGCUGCAGUACCCACAGCCGAUGAUAGCGGCGACGGGCAGGGUCGUUGUCCCGCCCGCCAUUAAACAAAACGGCGUCGUCCAAUACGCGGACUUGGAUAUGCCGUCGAGCCGGAAAAGCUCGCACGAUUCUAGCUCGACCAGCUCCUCGAAAAGCAAAAAGCACAAACCCAAGACUGAAUACGCGACGCUAAAAUUUAACGAUAUCGGCCAAGAGAUCGACGUUUAACGCACGAUCCCUGUGGCACACUAAUUAAGGAUCUAUCGAGACUAACGGGGUACACGCAACCGGUGGUAGCGAUACCUAUAUCUUUUAAGCCGUACAGACCCGACCCGUGCGAUCUCGUCUACGCAGACGUCGACUACAAAUCGAACUAUGGUCCGAUCAAUUACAAAGCCGCCUCGAUCU